UUUCUAACAGGUGACAGCUUUGGUUGAAUAUUUUGAAAGAAUAUAAUAAAUGGUUCACUUCGAAAUAGAAAGACAUAAUGACAACACACUGGAGAAGUGUCAGGUUCAGCUGAAUGGAAUAAAAGAAAGUUUCCAUAGUGUCUUACCAAAUUUCCGAGGUUUUGUGAAAUCUAUAACUUAUAAAUUACAUGAAAUUUUCAAUGAACACUUAUUUUUAUUCAAAAUGAAGCAGAAACGUAUUGGAAAAAGUAACACCAAACAAGAAACAGAAGAAAAUUUUGAAAAUGUUGUGAGAAAGCCAUCGAAAAAACUCGAACGGACAUCAUUGUUACUAUCUCCCAUUACUUUCGUCCGUUCACUGAUAUCUUCAAAAAAGAAUGAAGAUGAUUUAAUGGAUGAAACACAAGCAGACCAAAUUGAAAUUUGUAUGGAACCAACGGUUAAAAAUAAAGCUGGAUCAUCCUUAAUAACCAACGCAAUGGCAGACUGUUUAAUUAGUGAUAGUCCUAACCUGAAUACUGAUGAACGCGAACGCUUACGAGCGUUACCGAGUGAAGCGAUCAACGCGUUAUUUUCCCAUUCAACUUCAAGGGAGAGAGCUUAUUUUAUUGUGACUCUCCUAUCGGUGGCCUUCACCUUCGACGAUAUAAUGCCACCAGAGCAAUUUGGUCGAAAUUGUUCGAUGACAACGACAUUGUUUGCACCAGGAACUAUAUUCAUUCUGACAUUUGUUAACUGGGUUUUCAGCAUCAUCACAUUACUCAGCUGAGUAACAAAAAGAGGAUAAAAUGCGAGUUAGUGAGAGA